AUGAAGUUAUUCUCCAACACUCUCACUGAGACUGCCUUCAAGUGGUAUCUAAACUUGCCACAAAAUUCCAUCCACACUUGGGAACAAAUGCAGGAUGUGUUCCAUGAUCAGUUCUAUUGGACAAAACCAGAAGUUUCUAUGUCUGACCUAUCUAGGAUCCAUCAGUUGCCAAAUGAUGAUGUUAAGACAUUUUUGGCUAGGUUUAAGAAAGCACGAAAUAGGUGCCAACUUCUUUUACCUGAAGAAGAUGGUGUCCAACCCUCAUCAUCUGCAGCCAAAAGGAAUAUCUUUGAGGCUGGCAAACAAUAUGCUUUCGAUAUAAGUAAAGCAGAGCAAAUCUUUGACCACCUGUUGUCUGAUAAAAUUAUCAAAGUCACUAGGGUGCAUAAAAUACCCUCAGCUGACGAGAUCAAAGGUCGAGAGUAUUGCAAAUAUCAUAACUCCUGGAAUCAUGCAACUAAUAAUUGUGUUGUCUUUCGUAAUGUGAUUCGGGCACAGAUCGAGAAGGGGGCAUGGAAGUUUCCGGAGAAGAAGAAAGAAGUGAUGAGCAUUGACAGCGAUCCAUUCCCAGCCUUGGUCAGCAGUAACAUGGUCGAAAUCUCAAUAGCUAGCAGGCCACGGAGAAGAAUUGAUUUUGAGGAUACUUCAACUAACAAAGAAAGCAAGGCUGAAGGAAAGAAGCCAAAUGAUUGA